UUGACUGGUCCGCUCGAUAUCGACGACGACGAACUCGAAGUCAUUGCAGUUAACCCGCCGACAAUGAACAGACCCAUGGCAUCUGUCGCUAAUGUCACCAACACUGCCAGUAAACGGCCGCCGACCCCAAAGCAGUCGUCAUCACCACUACUUUCUCAUAUGGCAGGCAUGGAACCUAUGUUCGACUCGUGCCGCAUUGCGCUCUCUGAGGCGUCGCUCAGCUACAAGCCAGACGGAAAGAAUGGCGGACGAAAAUUGCCGAGGCAGGAGGGAUAUGGAUCGCCGAAGGGGCUAUGGAUCGGCACAUUCGAUACUUGGCAACGCAUAAUUCGCAACGGAGCGGUCGGCAGCCGUUCUGCACGCAUUUCGUAGUAGACGACUCUGACGAAUUAUGCAGCGAGGAUCUGGCAACACUGCAGGCGCUCGAAAGUGCGUUGGCACCGCCUAAUCAGCUUGCGGCCAGUAUGCCAGAUCAUCUUAAGCUGACCGGGUCAUCACCGUUAUCGUCCAUGGGCCACCUUGAGUUUCCAAUGGUUGUUCAGAGUGGCUGGCUACGUGCGUGCUGGAAGGCGAAGCAGCGGGUAGAUGAGACUGCAUACCUGCUAUCAUUGCCAGACUCGAUGGCUGCUGCUCGGCAGGAGUCUGCAGAUACGGUUCCUGUGCCAGUGUCAAACAGAUCCGACUCGCAGGUGAUGGCGGAGUCGGCAAAGCACGUAACCUCUUCUCGUAGAUCACGAGUAAGCGGAGUAGGUGCUGACAGCAACGGACUGGCAAUUCCAAUAUUACGGCCACAGUCGUCUACAAGCGGCUCGGCUCUCUACCAGGGCGGCAAAUGGCGGUGGAGACAGGAGAGUACGAAGCACAGAAUCGAUGGUUGGUCGACCGAUCGGUGCAGCAUGGGAGGAGUCCGACCCUUUUAUGGUCGACAAAAGCGGUGCCCAGCUGAGCCGCGAGAACCUGCUAGAUACAUCAACUGACCCGCUUUUUAGACGCAAGCGACAGCGCACAUUGCAACACCAGGAUCCGCUGCAACAUAGCGGGCAUGGGUGCGCUUUUGGCGGCAGACAGGAGACAUCGUCGUAUAUGUCAUCUCCAGCUCAACUUUGAUCUGCAAUCACUCCACCAUUUGAGCCCAGAACCCAACCCGACGCAUGUCGCUGCGCAUAGCCUCCCUUUGGUAGUCCCGCGCUCCAUCCCGGCCUGUCGAAACAGCCGCUCUUAGGGUUAACAACGACAGCGCCUCAGACAAGGCUGGAUCUGGCUGAUCUCUUU